AGCUGGGCGCGCGUCACUUCCGGCGCGAUGGCGGCGCCCGCGGAACCGGAAUAUCAGAAGAUGGCAAACGGCGGAUCGGACCGAGACCGACAUCCUCAGAACCUACAGGGGCUCCUGCGGCUCUCGGUGGAGGCGGGCACCGUGGGCGAUGGCGUCCCUGAGCUGCAUCCGAUGGCGGAACAGCGCAGACAAUGGCUGCAGGACGCGCUGUCAGAUGCGUUCGAUGGGCAGCUGGAUGAGCUGAAGCAAAUCAAGCAGUGUCUCCAAAUCCUGUACGAGCCCCCUGACGAGGACACGGGUGGAGAGGGGAGGAAGGAGAGAGCGCUGGACUUGGUGGCUGAUCUGUGUGAGAACCUGGACAAUGCCAGAGAUUUCUGUAAGCUGGACGGCAUGAAGCUGGUGGUGGAGACGUUGCUGCAAUGCGCAGACCCGGAGCUGCGCUGGCGCUCGGCGAACAUCAUCGGCACCUGCAGCCAGAACAACCCCUUUGUGCAGCAGUGCGCACUCGGUCUGGGCGCCAUACAGAUACUCCUCGACCUCCUCAACAACGACGAGAACGACCUCGUGCGCAUCAAGGCCCUGUUUGCCGUCUCGUGUUUGGUGAGGGAGCAGGAGGCCGGCCUGCAGGAGUUUGUCGACCACGACGGUUUCUCGGUCUUGAUGCGGGCCAUGCAGAGCCGAGUCGAGAAGCUGAAGGUGAAGGCAGCCUUCCUCCUGCAGAACCUGCUGGGCAGCCACCCCGAGCACAAAGAGGUCCUAUGCUCUAUGGGGAUGGUGCAACAGCUCGUGUCUCUCAUCCAGGCAGAACACGAGGCCUUUCACGAGCACGUCCUGGGAGCUCUAUACAGCCUGGUCAGUCACUUUCCCCGGGGAGUGAAACAGUGCAAGAUCCCGGAGCUGGGCCUGGAGAACAUUCUGAUGGAGCGAGUGAGAAUGCUGAAGAACCAGGAAGAGUUUCAGGAGGAGUUGGAUUUCUGUGAAAAGUUACUGCAAACCUGCUUCAGUGGCCAGUCUGAGGAGAACGGGAUGGACCGGUGAUGGUUCAAGGCACCCAUUGGAGAGGACUGUUACCUGACUCUAAAGCCACCUCCACUCUCUAGCUAACCUGGACUUCUGAGGCUCCUGGCUGCUGCCCCUUGUCCAAUACUAAAUGUUCUGAGUAUUUUCUUUUUAUCUUAGGAAGUGGUUUUGAACGGGUCAGCCUCGACCGAGCAACAGAAGAGGCUCUGCACCCACACUGACUGUUAUAAUGCUCUUUCCCUCUCCUCUCCCUUUUUAUAGUACGGUAAAGCUCACUGAGAUUAAAAUACAGCGAGGAGCAAGGUGAGAGCCUUAGAAUUUUCUUUGGUGUAUUCUUGAGUUUCUGGGGGCGAAAAAUUGCACCUUUUACUCCCCUCCUCUGUCUCUCAAUCUAUCCGUCUUUCUCUCGGUAUCUCCUUCCAUCAGUUCUGUGUAUGUCAUCCGCUCUCCUGUGGUCACAGAUGUGAACUUCGCCCUUGCGUGUGGAUGUGAACAGCCUCUUUGACCGUAAGGGGCAUCACAGCCAUGUCAUGACUAUGUUGGGAGAGGGAUGCCUGGCUGAAUGUUUUUACCCUCUCCCCUUUGAGGCCAAUUGUAUCCCCAACAACUGUACAGCAGCUCGAGAUGUUCUUUUGACUGCGUGGCAGGUUUAAUGUUUUCUCUGCCUGACGUAAGCUAACAGAACGCACACAUCCCAAAAAUCCAACCAGACUGUUUAAUUCCCCAUGAAUAAUUGACCGUCGUUUCCAUUGUAUUUAUCCGAACUGGUGACUUUAUGAGGGCAACGACCCCUGAAAAGCUUUGCCGCGUUUCGAACCCGCUCCGAGAGGCAAGAACCACUUAAUGUAAAGAGUUUAUGAAUAAAAAGAUGCAAAAUGUG